AUGUUCUUCUUUGAUUGGUUCUAUGGCAUUCUUGCUUCCCUUGGUCUCUGGCAAAAAGAAGCCAAGAUCCUCUUCCUUGGUCUUGAUAAUGCCGGCAAAACUACCCUUCUUCACAUGCUCAAAGAUGAGAGGUUAGUUCAACAUCAGCCGACCCAACAUCCCACUUCGGAGGAAUUGAGUAUUGGAAAGAUCAAGUUUAAAGCUUUUGAUUUGGGUGGUCAUCAGAUUGCUCGUAGAGUUUGGAAAGACUAUUAUGCUAAGGUGGAUGCGGUAGUUUACCUAGUCGAUGCCUACGACAAAGAGAGGUUUGCAGAAUCUAAGAAGGAGCUUGAUGCCUUGCUCUCAGACGAAUCCUUGGCAAAUGUUCCAUUUCUUAUUCUAGGAAACAAGAUUGACAUCCCGUACGCAUCUUCAGAAGACGAGCUACGGUAUCAUCUGGGCUUAACCAAUUUCACCACCGGUAAAGGAAAGGUGAAUCUUAUAGACUCCAACCUUCGACCUCUUGAAGUAUUCAUGUGCAGCAUUGUCCGCAAGAUGGGAUAUGGCGAUGGCUUCCAGUGGCUUUCACAAUAUAUCAAGUAG